GGCUUUCCUUUAAGAGAACGGGACGUUCCCAAUUCCUUCGAUCUUCGGCUACCGAUUGCUACGAGUCUCGUCUUCAGGCCGAAUGGUCAUUCCUUCGAUCUUCGGCUGCCGAUUGGAUCGAGUCUCGUCUUCAGCCGAUCUCGAUUAGUUCCAGUUGUAUCUUCGUUCGGCGUUGGAUUUGACUAACGUGUUGGGUUGAUAUAUGGCGGCGGCGAUGAGCAAAAUCGACACGGCCCAUCAGAUGUAUCGCGAGGGGCGGCACGAGCAGGCGCUUGGUCUCUACACUGAAGCCUUGGCGAUGGCUAAGAGCAAGGCCCAGAAGAUCGCUCUCCACAGCAACCGAGCCGCCUGCUACCUCAAGCUGCAUGAAUUCAAGAAGGCUGCGGAAGAAUGUACAUCUGUUCUUGAGUUGGAUCAUCAACACACAGGAGCUUUAAUGUUACGUGCACAAACAUUAGUGACCCUCAAAGAUUACCAAUCAGCACUCUUCGAUGUCAAUCAACUGAUGGAGUUGAACCCGUCAUCAGAGGUGUACCAAAAUUUGCAGGCCAGGUUGAAAACACAACUGUCAUUAGCUCCAAUUCCUGAAUCUGAGGAAGAAGCAUUAUACCAUGAAAAUGACGAAGAAGAUGACCAACAAAAACAGUGGAGAUCUCAUUCAGGAGAUAAUGGGAAGGUUAAGCUUGCUCAGAAAUUUUCUGAAGUGCCUGUAAUUCAACCUGCAAAAGUCCAUGCCUCUUCGAGUGUUUCUCCCAAACCAGAAGGCCAGCCAACACAAUGGAGAACUCAUUCAGGAGAGAAUGGAAGAGAUAAGCCUGCAAAAUUGCAGGCCUCUGCUAGUGUUUCUCCUAAACCUCAGGGUUGGGAAGCAAUUCCUAAACCAAAAGGGCAUUCAGGUCUUGAUUAUUCACGAUGGGAUCGGGUCAAAGAUGAAUCGAGUGAAGAGGAUGAGGAUGAUGACACAGAGGAGCAGCAACCUCAAUAUAGAUUUCGUGUCAGAACUGUUGGUGCGAGGCCUGUAAAGUGAUCGGUUUUUGAUUAUGUCUUGUGUUAAGAUGCCUGGAAGAUAGUUCAUCUGUAAUUUUUGAAAUGUUUGGUAAUUGACGGUCGCAUGUCCAUAUGGCCCAUGAAUACCGGAAGUACCUAGUUUGGAGCACAUGUUUCUAACUGGAUUUGCAACAGAGGUUGUAGCAUUCGUUAGUUAAUCAAAGGGAUUCAGGUA